AUGGGUGACCCAAGAGGCAACAUGAGCUACCUGAUUGAGACAGAUAUGACAUUAGGAUUGAAGAAGCUCCUGGUCGUCCAAAGCAUUGCAAGGUUCGGCGAGGUUGUACCAGUCAGAUUAAACAACAAAAUCCAGGACAACAACAUCCAGGACAACAACAGCCCGGCCAGCAACAGCCAGGACAACAACAGCCCGGACAACAACAGCCAGGGCAACAACAACCGGGACAACAACAACCUGGACAACAACAACCAGGACAGCAACACCCAGGACAACAACAGCCCGGCCAGCAACAGCCAGGCCAGCAACUGCCAGGACAACAACAGCCUGGACAACAACAUCCUGGACAACAACAGCCUGGACAACAACAGCCAGGCCAGCAGCAACCCGGACAACAACAGCCAGGACAACAACAGCCAGGACACCAAAACCCAGGACAGCAAAACCCAGGACACCAAAAUCCAGGACAACAGAACCCAGGUCAACAAAACCCAGGACAACAACAUCCCGGACAACAACAGCCAGGACAACAACAGCCAGGACAACAGCAGCCAGGACAACAACAGCCAGGACAACAACAGCCCGGACAACAGCAGCCAGGACAACAGCAGCCAGGUCAACAACAGCCAGGACAACAGCAGCCAGGACAACAACAGCCAGGACAACAGCAGCCAGGCCAGCAACAGCCAGGACAACAACAGCCCGGACAACAGCAGCCAGGCCAGCAACAGCCAGGACAACAACAGCCAGGACACCAAAACCCAGGACAGCAAAACCCAGGACACCAAAAUCCAGGACAACAGCACCCAGGUCAACAAAAUCCAGGACAACAACAGCCAGGACAACAACAGCCUGGACAACAACAGCCAGGACAACAGCAGCCAGGACAACAACAGCCAGGACAACAACAGCCAGGACAACAGCCAGGACAGCAACAGCCAGGACAACAACAGCCAGGUCAACAACAGCCAGGACAACAACAGCCAGGACAACAACAGCCAGGACAACAACAACCAGGUCAACAACAGCCUGGACAACAACAGCCCGGACAACAACAGCCCGGACAACAACAGCCAGGACACCAAAACCCAGGGCAGCAAAACCCAGGACACCAAAAUCCAGGACAACAGAACCCAGGUCAACAAAACCCAGGACAACAACAGCCAGGACAACAACAGCCUGGACAACAACAGCCAGGACAACAUCAGCCAGGACAACAACAGCCAGGACAACAACAGCCAGGACAGCAACAGCCAGGACAACAACAGCCAGGUCAACAACAGCCCGGACAACAGCAGCCAGGACAACAACAGCCAGGCCAGCAACAGCCAGGACAACAACAGCCAGGCCAGCAACAGCCAGGCCAGCAACAGCCAGGACAACAACAGCCAGGACACCAAAACCCAGGGCAGCAAAACCCAGGACACCAAAAUCCAGGACAACAGAACCCAGGUCAACAAAACCCAGGACAGCAACAGCCUGGACAACAGCAGCCAGGACAACAACAGCCAGGACAACAACAGCCAGGACAACAACAGCCAGGACAACAACAGCCAGGACAACAACAGCCAGGACAACAACAGCCAGGACAACAACAACCAGGUCAACAACAGCCUGGACAACAACAGCCCGGACAACAACAGCCAGGCCAGCAACAGCCAGGACAACAACAACCAGGACAACAACAGCCAGGACACCAAAACCCAGGACAGCAAAACCCAGGACACCAAAAUCCAGGACAACAGAACCCAGGUCAACAAAACCCAGGACAACAACACCCUGGACAACAACAGCCAGGACAACAACAGCCAGGACAACAGCAGCCAGGACAACAACAGCCAGGACAACAACAGCCAGGACAGCAACAGCCAGGACAACAACAGCCAGGACAACAACAGCCAGGACAACAACAGCCUGGACAGCAACAGCCAGGACAACAACAGCCAGGACAACAACAGCCCGGCCAACAACAGCCAGGACAUCAACAGCCAGGUCAACAACAGCCAGGACAUCAACAGCCAGGACAUCAACAGCCAGGACAACAACAGCCAGGACAACAACAGCCAGGACAACAACAGCCAGGACAUGGAAAUAACCCUGGAUUUUAAUUUCAAAUUAAUGUGUUUUUUAAAUUCAUAAAUUCAAUUUAUGUAACACUGUAAUACCUAUUAUAUCUUGUAGUUUCAUUAUUUUUCUUUAUUAGAUGUGUUAUGUUUGGUAAAUAAAAUAAGUUAAUUAAU